AUGCCGCUGGGGCUGAGGAGCAAGAAGAAGGACAAGUCCAAGGAGACUUUCAAGCUGGUGGAGAGCGAGGCGGCGGCCCCGGCCCCCGCGGCGGCGGCGGCCCCGGCAGCGAGCGCGUCGCGGCUGCAGUUCCACACGCAGCUGGCGCACGGCAGCCCCACGGGCCGCGUGGAGGGCUUCGGCAGCGCCCGCGAGCUCUACGCGAAGAUCGGCGAGGCUUUCCGCAUCGACCCCGCCGAGAUCAUGUUUUGCACUUUGAACACUCAUAAAGCUGAUAUGGACAAGCUCUUAGGUGCACAAAUUGGCCUUGAAGAUUUCAUAUUUGCCCAUGUAAAAGGACAACGAAAAGAAGUGGAAAUUCUUAAAACUGAUGAUGUGCUUGGGCUUACCAUUACAGAUAACGGAACUGGCUGUGCGUUUAUAAAGCGAAUCACAGAAGGUAGCCUUAUGGACCAAACCAAAAUGAUCUGUGUGGGUGAUCACAUAGAGACUAUAAAUGGAAAAAAUGUGUCAGAUCGUCGGCAUUAUGAAGUUGCCAAAAUGCUAAAAGAUCUGGAGAAAGGUCAGAUGUUUAAGCUGGAGUUGAUAGAGCCUAGGAAAGCAUUUGAAAAGCUGGAACCAAGGUCCAAAGGUGGAACUCUGCCAGAGGCUAAAAUCUCCAGAGGGAGAGAAACACUUCGGCUGAGAACCAAAGGCCCUGCUACUGUGGAGGAAAUGCCAACUGAAGUUGAAGAAAAAGCAAUUAAAAAAGUGGAUGAGCUUCUUGAAACAUACAUGGGGAUAAGAGAUAUCGAAUUAGCUGCAACAAUAGUGGAAGCUGGAAGAGACAAGAAAAACCCAGAUGAAUUUGCAGUGGCAUUGGAUGAAACUCUUGGAGACUUUGCAUUUCCAGAUGAGUUUGUAUUUGAUGUAUGGGGAGCAAUAGGUGACGCUAAGCAAGGACGACUGGAAUGAGAACUGUGCGGUUUAUCAAUCCCUAUUUGAAAAUACAAAAUGGUUUUCAAAUACGUACAUCAGAAUUUUAAUACUUUUAUUGAUAUGAAUCCAGGGUGCUCUGUAUAAGUAUUCUUAUCUGAGACUUUCUUUUGCAAAGGAAGUUUUCUAAUAGAAAUAUGAAGAUAAACCCAAAGUUCUGACAACUGCACAUUUAAAACAAACAUUUCAUUUACAUGUAGAAAUCACUGUGAGGCGUGUGUCAAGGAGAUAUAUUUAUACAGACGUUUUAUGAAAAUUAGGUAUUUUUUAUUGUACAUACACUUUGAUAUCAAUAUUCUGAAGAGUAUUAGACAUGCAACAAAGAGUUUGGAUUAUUUUAUCUCUUCUUUAGAAAGGUUUAGAAAAUUGUUGAAAAACUAUCUAGCUACAUGCUACAGUUCCCUGGUCUUCUGUUGUCCUUAUGU